AUGAGGCCUGAGCUGUCCAGGAGUUCGUACAUCGACGACAUCAUCUACGGAGCUCCGUCCAGGGAUGACCUGUGCCAAACGCUGAAUGCUCUCCUGUACCAACUACGGUACUGGAACAUCUCGGUUAGCCUCCCAAAGAGUGAGUUCGGGGCCACGAAAUGCCAGUACCUCGUACACGACAUCAGCUCAUACGGAAUCCGGACGUCCCCGAAGCUAGCGGAGAAGGUCCUCAACUUGCCGUUCCUGAAGACCCAGAAAGCAGUACGGUCCCUCCUCGGGAGCCUCAAUUACUACGCCAAGCUUAUCGAGGAUCUACCCGCGCUUGCGGUCACUCUCUACGAAGAAUCGGACGAGCAACUUCGUUCCGGACGAGACCUAGAGCCGCCCAAGCAUGCGUUCAAGAUACCCAAGGACCGGCUAGUUUGUUCCGAAAAGAAGAUUCGCGUGUACACCUGGUACUCGGUGGUGGCAUGGCUGUUCAAGUCCAAGACAGUGGACGGAAGAUGCCUCAAGUGGGCGCUCAAUCGGUCUCCCUGGGCCCCUGACAUUCGGCGACUCGAGAACGACGAAGAUUGCUUGGCGGCAAUCCUGGUGGCGGGUAUCACCCCCGGGAACGCCUCGACAAGCCUCCCGAGUUGGGAAAUCGUCGCGGCCGCGGGACACUUUCUGGAGAAAGCCACCGUAAAUGAGGCCGAAUACUCUGGAUUAGUCAAGGACAUGCAACUCGCUCGAGACAUGGGGGUCCAGGAACUGGUUGUGAUCGGGGACUCCCGAUUUGCAAUACAGCAGCUCAAAGGCGUCAUUGGCUGUACCCAGCCCCACCUGUUGAGGUUACUCCAGGAGGCUGAAGGACUCCAAGCUACGUUCAAGUUCCUACGCCUAGUGCACGUGAAAAGAGAUUUAAACGCUGCAGCCGACUACAUCUCCAAGCAAGUCAUCCAGGACCACCCCUGGGUACAGUCGCUGGUGGAGUGCGUGUUCCUAGCCACAGCUCGGAAUAUACCCGAGAGCUCCCCAAGAGGUUUAGUAGGCGACGUGUUCGCGAUGACACGCUCGAAGUCCAAACAGGUCAAGGACACAGAGGAGUUGGUUCCAGGAACCGGAGCCGACGACUCCAGGUCCAAUAUCUACGGAACCAACGAAUCGGGAACCGACGGUCCCGGAACCAAUAACCUCGGAACCAACGAGUCGGGAACCGGUGGUACGGAGGACAAGCCUACUGCCGCUCCUUGGAUCUCCGACUGCCAGGCCUCUGAAGAAGACCCUGAAGACGUUCACCGUCUCCGCCUGGUAGUCCCCCGGGACCGCCAGGAAUGUAUUCUGAACCACUGUCACGCGGACUUCCAAGGUGCUCAUCAGGGGAUCAUCCGGACCUACGAGAGACUGCCCAAGGAGUUCUACUGGAUCGGCAUGUUUAAGGACACCGAGCGAUACGUCAAAGAGUGCGUUGCCUGUGUCAUGGCUAAGGGACUACCCCUGAACCCGGGUCCGUCGCCCGGUAACGUGUUGGCUACGCGACCGUUCCAGGUUGCCUCCAUUGACUUUGUGGUACCGCUACCUCGGUCAGCCCGGGGAAAUACGACGCUGCUCCUGUUCCAGUGCGCGUUCUCGGGGUUCAUCAUGUGCAAAGCCAUGGCGAGCACUGAAGGCCAAGCUGUGGCUGAAGCCUUCGAGGAGUGCGUGUUCCGAAGGUUCGGAGUCAGUGAGAUGAUCCAUCUCGACCGAGACCCGCGCUUUAAGGUCGGGUAUUCAAGCACUUCCGGGAGAUGCUCGGGAGCCGGCAACGCGUGA